CAGUACUACCGUCAUCGCCAGUACGUCGCAGUGAUCCGCGCGUUGAUGUAGUUUGUUGCGGCGCGUCGUCCCGCGUUCUCAUUCUUUGUCCGUUCGCUACCCAACACAGCCAUCGCACAGUGGCUCCGGUCGGUCGUCGCAGAGUCAAACGUGUGUUCAGCUAAUAUUUCGUAGCCAUGAUCCGAAUAGCCGGCGAGUGCGGUUCGAUAAACGUUUACGGAACAAGAAAAAUAAUAAAACAGUAAAUUCCUCCAAACCCGUCGUCCGGCUGCAGGGUAUAUAAUAAGAAGAAAAAAUAAAAUCAGAACCCGAUCCCAAAUUUCGUUCUCGCUCGCACCGGUGGUGGCACCAGACCCGUGGAUAUGGCGUUCUUCUUUUGUGCUUCGCCCGGUAGCGCAACUGAACAACUCAUGACUCAAGGUGCGUUCAAAAUACGGUCCGGACAAGUCGGUACACCGAUAGUUCAAAACAGCGACCCUAACCACCGGAGCACCAUCGUCGGCGGUUCAAACGGCAACGGCAUAACAGCAGCGGCCACCGCCACGGCCACCGGGUUCGAGAUGUAUUCAUUUUUCGCCAGCACGGCGACCGCCGCCUCGGGCACCGGAACCAUUUCGGUGGCGCCCUCGUGCGGCGGCGCCCCGCUGCCGCCGCAUUCUGUCGGCGCGCAGGCGCACUUUACCGGCAUCCAGUCGGCCGCUGCCGUCACGCACCAGCAGCAGCACCAACAACAACAACACCACCUCCACCACCACCUCCUCCCACUACACCAUCUCAAUCAGCAGCAACAGCAACAGCAGCAGCAGCAGCAGCAACAACAACAACACCAGCAGCAGCAGUCGGUCUCCGCGGCCAUCAAUUGUUCCGUGGUGCGCGCUAUCGCCGCCGCUUCGUCGACGCAGCCGUCGAUCGUAGCCGUUUCGUCCGCACAACAAUCAUCGACCGUUGUCGCCGGGACGUCCGCCGCUGGCAAAAUGAAAGAAAUGCCGAAAUUGGUGAAACUUGCGCCCAAUGGAUCGGCGGACCGGUCGCCACUACUAGAGUCCAAAAAGCGAAAAAGGCCGAUUGGGAAAAGCCACGCUUUGAUCACCAGUAAACCAUUGACAAUAGUUGCUCCCACUCCGAUUGCAACAACCCGAAACGAAGACUCUGUUAAUUCGACCAAAUAUACAACGUAUGCGUCGCAGAACAAUCCGUCACUGGUUUUGAAGAAAAAAGAUUCCACUGUCCAAUGCAGUCAAACGACAACCAUCAAAACUGGCGUCAGUGGAAAUAUACCGGUGGGCAUAGCUGUUGCCAGACAAAGGUAUACUCAAAGUUCUUCCAACACGGAGGUUCAAAGGCAACGAGAGACCACUACGACGGUAUCGAUGCCCGAAGUCGUUCAUCAGUCACCGAUGCAGACAAUGGUUUUGUCCUAUAACGAUUGUUCCAUGACGACUGGGUCAACAGCAGGUAUUAACCGAUGGCCAUCGUCUGGGAGCUGCAAUAUUCCUCAAAACACUAUCGGAAGUCAAUGGAGUUUUCAAAACACUACGUUAAGAGCUCCUGCUUUGGAACAGCAGACCGUGCAGCCAGUUGGAUAUCAACUAGUCCAAGACCAAUCUGGCCAAUAUUUUCUUUUGCCUCAAAACUCUAUUGCCGGUUUAAUGACUAUGCCAUAUGAUUAUUGCAAGUCUGAAACACAGAAUCACCAUCAACCCAAUCAAGGUUAUACUCUGAUCCAACAACCACAGCAACAGAUGGCUACUAUAUCACCUAUCAUAAACCACCAUCCACAGUAUACGUCUAUUGCAAGUUCGGGUUCAUACCUAAUUCAACAAGUCAGCUCUUCCACUCCACCGGCCCUCAUAAACACUCACCAUCAACUAACCGACAACAGUACGCAUCAACAACCGUUAAUACAGUUGACGUCACCGGAAAAUCAGAUGAUUAUUUUCAACCAACAACAGUCAGCUAUUGUGGCUCAACCACUAAUUAGUCAUCUUCAACCGCCACACUCAGGACUGACUAUUGCAACUCAAAUGCAAUCUGGAUGUCAAAACCAAAUCAAUGACAUACAAACAGUAUCUGAGUCUGUAACUGUCCAAACCAAAUUAGUACAGCAGUCUAUUACUGAGAAGAGUACAAUUUCAAGACACACGGAAGAAAAUGUGUCAAUUUCGUUGGACUAUUGUAACACUACCAUCAGUGAACCUGAAAAAGACUUAAAACAAGAUUUUUCAGCACCAGAACAACUUUUGGAAUCUGAAGCGAUCGUAUCACAUGACGCCAGCAAUCAAACAGAUCUUCAAACUGAAGAUGAAACUUAUCAUCCAUUGACUGAAGAGAGUAAAGAACCCAAUUUCACUGAGAGUGCACAAGACUGCACGGAUAAUGGCCAGCCUUUGACUGAUGGUGCUACCCAGACUUCUGUAUUAUCUAUAGCUGAGAAUUCUAAUACACCAGAUAUUACUGGAUUAGAGCUAUUGCUGAAUAGUAUUGAACAGUUUGAAAAACGCAACUCUAGUGAACAAUUAGAUAUUUAUCAUAACCAAGAAGUUGUAGUUAAUACUUUGGAGGAGGAAAAUGUACAAACAAUAGAUACCAAUGUAAAUACUGUAGAGGAAACAGAAGAAAAAGGCGUUAACAAGAUUGAUUUGCUUUUGUUGGCUGAACAGUUUUUGGAAACUGAAAAAUCCAGCGAGACUUCUGAACAAGACACUGUCAGUAAGAGUUACUCAAACAAUAAUAAUUUAACUGAGGAAAAUGAAUGCAGUUAUGAGUUUGAAGAAAAUACUACUAAACCACUUGAGGUGACAAUGAAUAAAAAUGGCACUAAAAAAGUAUACACCAAAAAAUCAUUUUCUCAGACUAGCGAUAUUUUCCAGUCUGUUGACAAAUUGAAAGUUAAUUCAAAAUUAGAUACAAUAAAAAAGUUACCUAAUUACUCUAAAGACAAAGUUCUGAAUCGAAAAGUAUCUGAAUCAAGUUUGUCAUCAUCUGGUCAAGUAAAACGUGGACCAGGUCGUCCGAAAAAGGUAUUGAAAUGUGACGAAGGAAAUAAUAACAAUAGUAAUAAUGAAGAUAUUAAAGAAAAACGGUUGAAGUUGGAUUGUAGUUCAAAAGCCAAACACAAGACUUCUAGUUCCUCAUCUUCAGAUCUCUCUCCUCCUGUGUUGGAACCAUGGAUUCCUUUUUCACCUAGAAAGGAUUCUACACAUACCCCACCUACAUUAUCGCCAGUCUCAUCAAUGGCUAAAUUGUCUGAUGUUCAAAAAUUAUCAGAUGAUGCUAAGGUCUAUCAGAAAAAAAUUGUCAAAAAACGCUGUACAUCAUCAAUUAUUAGUGAGGAUGAAUUUAUACCACCCUUGAAGAAACGAAAAGUCGGACGACCAAGAAAAAUCCAAAAUCCUUUUGAUGAAGUCAUUAAAAAACAUCUGUCUCUAACUCCAAAGAAAGAAAAACCAGUUUCUAUAUCGUCAGGCUUGUUAAGCAGGGUUUCAACAAUAAAAAUUAACAAUAUAGAGACACCGUCUUCUGGCCAAUACAAAAUAAAACCCAAGUUAAAAGCUGAAGUUAAAAUUAAACAUUGGGAUGUGGAAGAUGAAGAUGACGAGAUCCAAGACCAAGACGACAUACUAGCAAUGCCAGAAUAUGUAUGUAAAAAACGCCGAAUAGCUGAUGCAUUGCAUAGAAUGUCUCCAUGUACUGUCAAUAAACCAGCAGUGAUCCCUAAGAAAAGAAAGUUUUCAAAUGUAUCGUUAGACAGUGUAGAAAGUUUAGACGAUACUGUUUCACUUCCACAAAGAGACACAUCAUAUAACUCUGUUCCCGUGAGAAGCCAGACUUCAGAGUCGUCUGACAUUUCUCUUGAACAAACUAAUGAAGAACGGGAUAGUUCUACUACGGUCGAACUCGCUGAACGACAAUGCAUACCCGUCAGUCCGAGUCGACCGGAUGUAGAAAUAACUACCGUCGAUGAUGAUCAUGAAAGAAGAAGACUGAAAAAGAAACGCAAACAUAGAAAACACAAGCACAGUCACGACGAAUCAAGAACUAAACAUAAACACAAACACCACAAAAAACAUCACAAAAAGCAUAAGCGACAUCGAGAUUCUGAGCUUUCUGUAUCCGAACCACCCACUCUGUCACCUCAAACACUUAUUGAAGACACCAUUGAAGAGGAUGAUGACGAUGAUGACAAUGAUGAUGACAAAUCCAAAGAAAAUGACUCCAGUGAAGUGGAAAGCAGUGACGUACCAACAUUUUUGUCUGACCAGCAAAUAUGGAAAUGGUCAGGUGACAGUUAUAAGCGUCCAGGUCGUGGUGGAAAUAAGAAGACCUUUUAUAGGUCCAUCAGUAGAGGAGACGAAACCAUAAGUAUUGGUGACUGUGCUGUGUUUCUAUCUUCUGGUCAAUUAGAUCGACCUUUUAUCGGUAAAGUUAACUGUAUGUGGGAGACGAACCAGGAAAAAAUGCAAGUAAAAGUAUUUUGGUUCUAUCACCCUGAAGAGACGGCUAGUAACUUUACUGGAAACCUACCAUACCCGGGAGCUUUGUUCAAAUCACCUCAUAAUGACAUUAAUGAUGUACAAAGCAUUAUGAAUGGGUGUCAAGUGGUAUCAAUAGAAGAGUUCAGUUCAACCAUUGAAAAGGAUGCUAAACGGCUAGAGAAUAUUUAUGUUAAUAAUGAUCUGUUCUAUUUAGCCGGGGAUUAUGAGCCAGUCAUGAAAAUGAUUAACUUCAGUGAUGGCGUAGUGUUGAAAACCAAGUGAUACUUGAUUUACUCGCUAAUAACCAUUUUAAAAACUAUUAUUUAUUAUUUAUACUAAUUAAUAUUGUUUGUUUAUUGUGUCACUAUGUAUACCCAUAUAUUUAUAUAUAUAUAUUUUUAUUAUUAAUUUUAUAUGUAACUAUUUAUUAUUUUGGUUUUAUUUUUAAUCAUCUUAUUAGUUAUUUGUUACCUGUUAAAACUGCAUUUAAAGGACUAAUAUUUGGAUCCAAAACAUGAAAGUUAAAUGUUUUUAUUAGUUUUUUCAUCCCUAUUUAUAAAACAAGUUGUACAUAUUUUAUUAUUGGACUUUUUUAAUGUGGUGUUAUAUGCAUGUAUAUUAUAAUUGUAUAUUUUGUGUAGAUCUCCCUUUUAUUCAAGUUAGCCAUUGUGAAAUCAUAAUAUAUCCGGUUCCUAAUAAAUUAUAAUUGGAGAAUCAAAAAUUAUUUUUCAUUACACGACGAAGAAUAUGUGAAUUCUUGGAUUUCCGUUUCUUAUUCAUUUCUGGCUGCAUUUUAAUUUCUUGCAAUUAUUAUUUAUCAUUAAAUACUAAAAACGAUUACAUCUAAAAUGGUAUCAUCGUGUGAUAAAAAUCCACUAAACUAAUUUUAUAAUUGAAACAUUACCCUGUUUGCUUACACAAUUCAAUGUUAUUUGAGAAUGUUAGAUUAUCUAAAAUUUUAGUUUAUGUCUUAUAUAAUAUGUCAUAUGAAUUGCUUUAACUUUUCUUACACAUUUGAAAUGUGU